UAAAUAGUACGUUUUAGCUAAGGUGGAAGUGCUUUUUAUUUGUUACUUAAUCAAUCGAUAAAAUUAUAUAGGGAAAGAAAAGUGUUAUAUUACACCCGUAAAAGGUGGAAGGUGAAAUUGACGAUCUUGAUUCAGUAGGUUCUGAAGACACUAUGAUAGUCAACAAUACUAUAGCGCAUCAGCGUUUAGUACUUACAGGAGAUCGUGAGAGAUUCAAAGAACUUUUACGGAGACGUUUAAUAGAAUGUGGGUGGAGAGACCAAGUCCGAAUGCUUGUUCGUGAUUUUGUAAAGGAAAAUGACAGUAGCAAUGUAACUUUAGAUAUGUUGAUCACUAAGGUCACACCACGGGCACGGGCACUAGUUCCUGACACUGUCAAGAAAGAGCUAUUGCAGAAAAUUAAAACUCAUCUUCUCACACAAAAGGAUCAGUAAAUCUGUAUCAUAUUCUGGUCAUUAAUCUCAUACAUUUCUAGGUUGCAUUUAAAUAUAUUUAAGUUUGCCUUUAUUUGAAGAAAUAAAAAUCUAGUGC